AUGACAUCGCCAUCCGAAGAUAUUCCCCUGCCGACAUACUCGGCUACCGACAAUGACGACCUGCUUAAUCGCAUCGAAGCUUCCUCCGGUGUAGAGUUCCCGAUUCUUCAUUCACCCGCCGGUCGCUCCACGAAUCUACAGCGUCCAACUGACGACGCGGAUUGGAACACGUACCAUGAAGCCUACCGUAUCGAGACCGACAUUGUCGACGCAUUCUUCCGCGCCAUCGAAAACGGACACGAUGAUGUUGUUACCGACUUUAUAUCCCGCGGAUGGGUUUCGCCCGAUACCACGAGUCGAUAUCGAGAAACGCCAUUGAUUGCUGCUGUGCGCGCGGGUAAACUGCCCAUGGUCAGUCGUCUUGUCGCGCUCGGCGCAAGCGUCAACGAAUACGGUCGCGUGAAAAGCGAGGAUAAACGCAUCAAGGUCGACGACUUGCCGGAGCGGACUCCGUUGAUGGUGGCUGCCGAGAGUGGCCAUUUGGCGCUGGUCAAAGUCCUGAUCGAAGACUACGGCGCGAAACACGAUCUUAUCGCCCCAGAUGGCGCGAUCGCGUUGCGACUCGCAGCAAUCAACAAGCAUCUCGAAAUCGUACAAUAUCUACCUAAUAUCCGUGGGGGCUCGUGGAAGCGAUGGAUGCAUGUGCAUCGCAAACAAAUGGAGAGGGCGAGACGCGCUGCAGAGAAGCUGUUCAACUUCAUAAGGAUACUGGUAUGGGACUUUCCCAAACUUCUCUUGUACGAGGCGCCGAAGGAGCUUUGCUGUGCGGUUUGGAGACGUCGCCACAAGAUCAAGAAUUUCGUCAAGGAAUUGCCUGGGAAGAUCGAGAGGGGGGUCAUCGCGAUACCUGGACACGUCAAAAGCGCAGGGAAAGCGAUCUGGAAGGGUAUCAAGGAGAUUCCGUCAUUCGUGAAGUACGUCUUCCAGUCGCUUUGGAGAGUGCUGAAGGAAAUACCAGGCUCUAUAAUGAAGGUUCUGAACUGGAUCGGUCGUGGAUUAAAGAACAUUGGCGAAGCGAUCAGCAACAUCUUCAUGAAGUUCUUCUCCUUCCUCCACACAACACUAAUGGCAAUUGCCACAUUCCUACGCGGCAUCACAUUACGAGAUAUAUGGAACGGCUUCUGCUCUCUCGUCCGCGCCAUCUUCAUAGACGCGCCCAAAGCAAUCGGCCGGUUCAUUGUGUCGUUCGGCAGGACGAUUUACGAUGUGCUCAAAGCGCUCUUUGGCACUCUUGGUGAAUGUAUCUGGUGGCUCGGGUACUCUGUGCUUUGGCUGAUCAAGUAUAUUCCGCAAAAGAUAUGGACUAUCAUUGAAGCGAUGGGUACAUCAUUGGUUAAGGCUUGGGAGGAAAUUUUGGUGUUUGUGAAUCCCAAGAGAAUUCUCACCUCUACAUCUGAGAGCGUUAUCACUGAGCUCUCGGUGGGCGUUUCCACCGGUAUCUCAACAAAGAUCUCGGAAGGUAUUGAGACGCAGACGGGCAGCGAUGGUUUGUCGCUGAGUUUGUCGACCACUGCGACCACAGUGACGACAGACAAAGACGCAGUCACGACUACCGGUCAUGCUACGACAGUGACUGCUUCGACUGGGGAAGAGUCAGCUGCAACUUCCGGUUUUGCUACGAGUGAGGCGACGAAUGAGGCAACUACGACCACCGGUUCUACGACGACUUCAACCACCGAUGAUGAUGAGGCAAUUGCGACUAGCAGUCUUACUACGACUGCGACUUUUAACGAGGCCACUGACUUUACGACUGAUACAUCUACUUUCCUUGCGGCUUCAGGCACUACGGAUUCUUCCUCUUACGCAACCAGUGAUACCACCCUGACUGCCUCCAGCCUCACUUCGGCUUCUGUCACCACCGAUACCUCGUCUGACACGAUCAACAGUGCUACGAGUGAGACUAGCAAUGAGCAGACCCCCGGCCUCGCGACGGAUACGUCUGGCUCCAUCGCCAGUUCUGCCACCACCGAAACUUCCUCCCACGCGACGGAGGGUAUUACGACCGACGUCUCGAGCAUGACUACAGACGCUUCCACCACUGACGCUUCCUCAUCCAGGACUAGUGGCCCUACGAUUGCGACUACCGAGGAGACCACUGGCCUUACGACGGAUACUUCUAGCAUCACUACGGGCUAUACUACCACUGACGCUUCUUCGUACACAACCUCUGGAACUACAACCGAUACUUCCAGCUUGACUACCGACUCGGCGACCACAGAUACUUCUUAUACCACCAGUGUCUCUACAAGCGGCGUCUCCAGCGGUACAACAGACCCUGCCACUACAGAUACGACCACUCAAACGACGAGCGAGUCCGAGACGAGUACGACCGCCGGCCCUGCUACCACCACCACUUCAGCCGAUUACUGCACAAAUGCAGAAUGGCAAAAUGACGCUCUCAUUGCGUCCUUCGAAGGCACGACGGACUACGCCAGCAGUGUCUGCACCGCUGCCAUCGAGCCUGUCACCACUGUCGCAGCUACAUCUGCAGCAGAAACAACAGUUACCGAGCUCGACACUGUGAUAGAAGAUCUCCCCGAUGAGACAAAGAUCGUUCUAGACGCGCCUUCUACCAACUAUGUCGCUGGAGAGGACAGAACUGUCACGGCUGUUCGUCGCGAUGGAAGCAUUGAGAUCAUCGAGCCAAAGACCAUUUACAAUACGGUCGCUCGCACGAUCGUUGAGCUCCCCACUGCUUACGAGACCGUUUACACUACCGAUGUUGACUAUGUCGGUUCCACGAGCGUUGAUACAGUCUACGAUGUAACCGGGACCGAAACAAGCGUUGUGAUCACUGACACUACCGAGAUCACCACUGCUACAUCUACGGAUGUUACCACUGAGACUAUCACCAGCAUUGAGAGCAUCCCUACUACGUCUACGGAGUAUGUAGUCACCGGUACAACCAUCAAGUUCGCGCCCGGGAUGACUAUUCACCUCACCAACUCACGUACAUUUGUCGUUUACUCCAUACCGUCUACGCGCACGCAUGUCUUGUACACAACCACCGAUUACCUUACUUCGACUUGGACUACAGUCACCCUCGCUUCGACAGAUACUGACUACACUACUGUUCCUACGACGACCUUCGACAUCACUACCGCGACGGAUACAAUGGAGGAGACGAUCGCUACUAGCACUGACACGAAUUUUGCCACGAGCACUAUUACAACGGUUGGGUGGACGACCGAGACUACCGAGACUUCUGUUUCAACUUCAACCAGUACCAAGAUCAAGGGCAAGACGUAUACUCAGCACGAGUUCCCCUGGCUGAACAACAAGAAACGCGCCGCCGUCGAGGCCCGUAUUCCUCGACUUGAAAGCCUCGAAGAACAUUGGAUCAACGAAUUCGGCGAAUCUCAUUACCACAGCGCGUGUUCAUGCUUCUUGCCUGACCUUCCUACGCGAACUGUUUACGCUUCAGCGGGUCUUGAAACGAUUGUCGAGAAAUCCACCACGAUUGACAAGAUCUAUGGUGAGACUGUCACGCUGACCCUCACCACCGCUGCGACCGUCACAACUCAUAAGACUGUCACGGAUACGACUGUCGUAGAUGGGACCACUUCUAUAGUGACGCUUACAGUUUAUGAGGAUGUCACAGAGACUGUUCUCUCGACGCCGACUGCUCAGUCUCUUAUCACCAAGGUUGUCACAAAUGAUGAUGUGAAGCAGGUCACCAAGGAAAUCGCCAUCAUUGACACGAUCACUCUCUACGGUAUAGCGACUGGAUACACGUGGGUGGAAGUCACCCGCACGCAGGACAUUUAUGACCUUCGCAGUAAAUUAUUCCCUGUCGUUCAGACAAUCGAUAUCGCCGAGACAUCUACCUCCACUCUGCCUACUAUCACUGUUGAGACUACUGUGGAAGUCACCUCUACUGCGCUGUCUACUGCUGAUGAGACCGUCUACGAUGCGUUCACCAGCGUUGUGCCAGUUGCUGUUACAGACGUCAAGAAGUUUACCUACACGAAGACGAUUUUCACGGACGCGACAUCUGUCUACUCAAUUGAAGCUACCAACACUGUCGGCACAAUCGCGACUACAACGCUUACGACCCUCACCACGGUCACCAAUGGAGUUACAUCAACCAUUACCACCGUCCUCUCCACUCAGGUAACCGUUACAGCGCGCCCCGUUGAAACCAAGAUAUGCGAAAUGCCCAUCAAGGACGGCGACUUUGAGUACCCAGCCGGGACCAGCCCAUGGUGGAAGAGUAUAUACUCCGCGUUUGACUGGGACAAAGCAGAUGUCGACGGUCACGGGAAAGUCAUGAAAAGCCAAAACCUUGUCAAUUACACCAGUUUCGUAAUGUGGCAAGACAUAAAAUCCUGCGCAGGCGUGACCUUCCAAUGCAGCUACGACUACUACAUCGACAAACAGUACGAGCGUGUAAUGGAAGACCCCAGGACUAAAAAACUGGGCACUUGGAUCCCCUUCAUCCGCACGUACUGGAAUGAUGAUAUUUGGUAUAAGCCCAACAAGUUUCUGGGUAACAGGUUCAAUCAGCCAGAUAACUUGUGGGAACCUUAUUAUCCUGGACGGUGGUACUCUGCUAGCAUCGAGUUCAAGACGUCUGGUGGGACGGACACGUUGUAUAUCCAGGCUGCUAGUCCGCAAGACGAGAACGGGGGUGGUGAGAAUUAUAUUAUGCUGGACAAUUAUAAGUGCAGGCCCAUCAAAUACAAUGGCCCGAACGGACCGGUUUGA